AUGACUCUGCGCGACAUCAUCAACGGCCUCGCAUACCGUGCGAAUGCCGCAGCCUCCUGGGCCCUAGGACCAACGCGCAAGGCCCAAAUCGAUGGCUGGUUUGUCGACAAGUAUCACAACCAGCCUUUUGUGUUUGGCCUCGCAGUUACCUCGCUGGCUUUUGCCGCCGUUCCGACCGCCAUCUUCGCCGGCUAUAUUGUCUUCUGGGCCCUGAUUUCCUUUGCCAUCUUCUGGGCGAUCUUGCUCUUUUGGGCCGGCUUGGGGCUGCUGCUUUUUGUGCCGGCCUUGUUCCUUACCACGGGCCUGGCCGUCUUGCUGUUCCUCUGGGCAGCGGUAUCGUUUAUUGUGACGACGCGCGCUCUGUCUCUUCUAGGGUUCCAGCUGCCCUUCCUCUCCAGUCCCCCUAUACCUUCCUACACCCAUGUUUCGCCGCCCAAGGCAGACACAAAAACGUCUGACAGCAGGCCAACUACGCCACCUACAUACUCUACGAAACCAUAUGACCAGUCGCAGACCUCUCCCUCGACAACAAACGGAGGAGCUCUGUAA